UGUGUAGUAACAAAGAAUCCCCAGCAGUGAGCUGCAGGUUCUGUCCUUUCCUGCUUUCCUGAGUGGAAGGCUGCCCUCCUCCUAAGCCUGCAAGCUUGCGAAGAACUUAGGAAUCCAUCAUGCCAAUCAAACCAGUAGGGUGGAUAUGUGGACAGGUGUUGAAGAACUUUUCUGGAAGAAUUGAAGGGAUCCAGAAAGUAAUCAUGGACCUUAUAGAUGAGUUUAAAGAUGAAUUCCCUAACAUCCUAAGAUUAUCACAGUCUAAUCAGAAAAGAGAGCCUGUGCCGAAAACAUCCAAAAUCAGGAUGGCUGUUGCUUUAGCCAAGAUCAACCGGGGAACAUUAAUUCAAGGAUUAAACAGCAUCUCCCAAUCCUCCAAGUCAGUGGCCAAACUUCUGCAGCCUAAGCUUAUAUAUAGGCUUUCAGAGUUAAAGGGCAUAUCUCACCGUCUGCUGAGGGAAGUUAAUACACCAAGGCAACCCUUAUAUAACGUGCAGGUCGGAAGGGGUUCCUUAUUUGAAAUAAUCUCUUUUCCAGCAAAAACUGCUUUAACUAGCAUAAUGUAUGCUUCAUAUGCAGCACUAAUUUAUUUGGCAGUCUGUGCCAAUGCUGUGCUGGAGAAGGUAAAGUACAUUUUCCUGGAAGAAGAAUCCAUAAGGCAGAACAGAGAGAAUGGAAAUUACAGAAAAGCCUUUUCUGAGCCUGUGCUUUCAGAACCUAAGUUAUCUGGAGCUGAAAUCAAAGCAAAACCUUACAGGUCAUUGCCAGAGAAGCCAGACAAAAUUGCAGAUCACCUCAAGCCUGCUGCUAAUAAGCAGAGUAAUAAGAUCCAGGUUUUACAUUCGGUGUUUGACCAGUCAGCUGAAAUGACUGAAUGA